AUGCCAGCCUCAUUUCCUUCCUUGUUAAGCCCCCAGGGAGACAUGGGGGGCUCCGUCCGAGAGCCGGCGCUCUCAGUUGCCCUCUGGUUGAGUUGGGGGGCGGCUCUGGGGGCUGUGGCUUGUGCCAUGGUUCUGCUGACCCAACAAACCGAGCUGCAGACCUUAAGGAGAGAGGUGACCCGGCUGCAGAGGAACGGAGGGCCCUCCGAGAAGGGGGAAGGGAAUCCGUGGCUGAAUCUCCAGGAGCAGAGCCCUGAUGGCACAGAAGGCCGGGAGAAUGGGGAGAGAUCCCGGAGGAGGAGAGCAGUGCUCACCCGUAAACAGAAGAAGAAGCGCUCAGUUCUGCACCUCGUUCCCAUUAACAUCACCUCCAAGGAGGACUCCGAUGUGACAGAGGUAAUGUGGCAACCAGCUCUCCAGCGCGGGCGAGGCUUGGAGGCCCAAGGAUAUGUUGUUCGAGUCUGGGAUGCUGGAGUUUAUCUGCUGUACAGCCAGGUCCUGUUUCAUGAUGAGACUUUCACCAUGGGUCAGAUGGUAUCUCGGGAGGGACAAGGAAGGCAGGAGACUCUAUUCCGAUGCAUACAAAGUAUGCCCUCCAACCCUGACUGGGCCUACAACAGCUGCUACAGUGCAGGUGUCUUCCAUUUACACCAGGGGGAUAUCUUGAGUGUUGUAAUCCCUCGGGCAAGGGCCAAACUUAGCCUCUCUCCACAUGGAACCUUCCUGGGGCUUGUGAAACUGUGA